AUGUUUGGUUUGAGUUUAGGUGAUGCUCUUGGUGCUCAUGUAGAAUUCAGACCUCACAGUUAUUUAGCAGCUAAUCCAGUAACUGACUUAGUAGGAGGUGGAACAUGGGGUCUAAAAAAAGGACAAUUUACUGAUGAUACUUCUAUGGCUCUUUGUUUGGCUAAUUCACUCAUUGCUUGCCGAGAUUUUGUUCCAUAUGAUCAACUAGUUCGUUACAAAUGGUGGUAUCGUCAUGGAUAUAUGUCAUCUACUGGUCAUUGUUUUGAUAUAGGUGCAGCUACUAGACAAUCAAUCCAAGAAUUUGAAAAGCGACAAAAAACGUUUGCACAUGAUCAUGAUAUUAUCUUUGAACAAAUAGAUUAUCUAUCUGAUCGUGACCUUCUUCAUGCAUUUGAUAUACAUUGUAGUAAAGAAGAUGUAGCUGGUAAUGGUGCUUUGAUGCGUCUUGCACCUGUACCACUUUUCUUCUUUCGAAGUCCAGAUCUAGCUGUAGAUUAUUCAGGUAUUAGUGGUCAAAUUACACAUGGAGAUGAAAAAGCUUUUGAUGCAUGUCGUUAUUAUGGUGCUCUAAUUGUAGCUGCUAUUCAAGGUGAAGAUAAAAAUAAACUGACUAGUAAUAGAUUUUAUGAUGAUCAUCAAGAAUGGUUUGGUAAUAAAACUCUUCAUCCUGAUAUAAUGACAAUUGCACAAGGAUCAUAUAAAAAAACAGGUGGAUAUGAAGAUGGAAUACGAGGUAAAGGAUAUAUAGUGAAUGCUUUGGAAGCUGCUUUAUGGGCUUUUUGGAGUGAUGAUAAUUCAUUUGAGAUAGGUGCACUAAAAGCUGUUAAUCUUGGUGAUGAUACAGAUACAACAGCAGCUAUCUAUGGUCAAUUAGCUGGAGCUUACUAUGGUUACAAGAAGUUACCAGAGAACUGGUUAGAAUGUGUGUAUGCCAAAGAAUUCAUUUUAUGUGUGAGUAGCUGGCUUGCCUUCGAAGGAGAAAAAUGGUCUAUGAUUCAAGCGAAUCCUGCCCCUAAGGAACUAAUAUAUUCUGUUUAUGGCAGUGCGCUCUUUUUAAAAUUUAUUUUCUUGGAAGCUCUCAAGUUAGAAUCGCCACAAAACCAAAAGAAAGUAACAAUGAAGAAUACUUUAUCAAAUAUUCUUGUACGCAAGGCUAUCACUUCUGACGGUGUACUCGGUGGUUGUUAUGAUGGAUGGCGAGAUCAUAUUUUAGUAUCGGAACGUAUCAAUUUGACUAUGAAAGAAGAUUACUCAUAUCUACCAAUUAAAUGUGAGAUAAAAAGAGGUGACAAGCAUGAAAAUCGAAAUCUGCUUAGUCUUGUUGAUUUUCCUAUCGAUCUUCGGUUAAGUGUGUUAUCAAAUUUGGUUACACCAACUGGUAUCGCUUCAGUUCUCGAUUAUCCAUAUGCAAUUGAUGAAUAUUCUCGUAUCUUUUACUAUUCAUACCUUGUUCGAAAGAAGGCGUCGCUUGAUAGGUACGAAAUUCAAUCCAAAAUACCUAGAAGUUCUGCCACGCACAUCAUUACUGCAAUAGAUUGGGGCAUUGAUGUUGUUGUACUACUCAGAUUACCACCUGAGAAUACGAAAAUGAUCGAUACCGCACUUCAUGACAUUUACCAAUCUAUGAGACAUGACAUUGAACCAAAUAAUGAUGAACAUGCAUUGAGUCGAAUUCUUUCUACAUGUGUCUAUUCAAAUCGGUCUGAUUUAGUAAGUCAAUCAACAUUACUACAAGUAUGUCAAGCAAUUUUGAAAAUCAAAAAGAAUACUUCUGAUCAGCAAGCUUGCAACUAUAUUCUUCAUCCUAUCAACAUAUUUUAUUCAAAUGGAAAUGAAGAAAACAUCAAAUUUAUUCCCAUUGAGAAAAGAAUCGCAACAAGAAUCGAAAACCAUUGGCUUCGAUUAUCCUCUAUCAAUAAAAUAUGGGAAGCAUUUCGAAAAAAUACUAAUGCUGAUAUUUUGGAGACUUAUCUAAAAGAACAGUUCGAUGCAAUGCAUACCAGGAUCUUAGAACUAACACAACGAUAUGAUGCUGAAAAACAAAAAUGUCAAGAAGGGUUUUCACAUAUUCGUCAAGAAUUUUUUACUGAUAAGAUUAUCAAUGUUGUCUUCGUCGGUAAAUUAGGGGUUGGCAAAUCAACACUUAUCAACACAAUUGCUAACUGUUUGAAGUUUGGAACAUUCUCAGAGACUCGAUCAGGAAACUCUGUCCCGCAUGUUUUCGUUCCAUUCAUGGUUUCGCUUAUGACUGAUGCAGAACCACACGUCAUUCAACUUGGCACUAAAGAUCCAAACGAAGAUCAUAAUCCUCCUGAUCAUUGCACAACCCAGCGUUGCAAAUCGCAUACAUUUGAUAUUGGAAAUGGUAAACAAUUACGCAUCAUUGAUACACCUGGCAUUGGUGAUGCUUGCGGCCAGACUCAUGAUGAUAUAACAAUACAGCAUAUUCUAUCAUGUAUCUCAAAUCUAACGUAUUUGAACGCUAUCUGUGUUGUGAUAGAGUCAAAUGACUCUGAACUCAUUUGUUAUCGAAAGCUUUUAAUGGAGUUGCUCAAUUUACUUGGAAAAGAGGCACAUGACAAACUGAUCUUUUGUUUCACCAAAUGUCUAUCCACUUCAAAUGAUGACAGUGAAAGAAAGACUCGCAUUCAAUCAUUGCUUCAAUCACUACCCUUUCGAGGAAUCGAUUGGAGAUACGAUCGUAUACUUCAAUUUGAUAGUACUUUUUUUCUUCAUUUGGCUCAGGCACGCUGGUCUGAUCCUCAGGAGGCAUUAUGUGAGCAGAGUUGGUCUCUUUCAAAGAAAGCAGUUGAGCAACUCAUGCAUUAUGUUCGUCAAAACGAUUGCCCAUAUCUGAUACAUCAAGGAUUACACGGAUUAGAAUAUGCACGACUUAAAAUUGUACAGAUGAUUCGUCCAAUAAUGGAAUCAAUACGAAAUAUUCUUCGAAAUCAACUUUUACAAAAUGCUGAAUCUUCAUUUAAAUGGAUUGAGUUACAUCCAAAACCUAUUCAAAGACCUUCAGCUAUAUGCUAUUUUUGCGAGCGUCCAUUACGACAAUAUAAUCACUUUUGGAUCAGUUGUGACUCUUUACACGAGUGUCGAAAUCGCUGUGAAUAUUGUUCAUGUGAUGCAGAACAACAUGUCCAAGUUGAUUAUCAACUUGAUUAUGAAUUAGUCGAUAAACUGAACUAUCAACUAGAUGAUUCAGUUAACUGUACUCUUAUUGAUCAAUUAAAAAAAUUAAAUAUUGAAGAAUUAACAAAUAAUUAUCGUGAAAAACUUAACCAAUGGCGUGAUGAUUGUUAUAUAAUAAUUAAUAAAUUUUAUGAAGAAAAAUAUCAAGAAUUAAAUCAACAUUGUAUUCAACAAAUUGCUUUAUUACAAAUAGAAAUUGAUCAAAUACGAUCAAAACUAACAAAAUUUAUAUGUGAACAAAAUAUUACAAUAGAUGAUCUAAAAACAUUACAACGAAAUAUAGAUGAUGUUAACCCUUUACGGCCGAAUGUUGCCAUUUGGCUACAUUUUCCCGUAUAG